UAAGUGCCCACAAGACGACUGUAGCCAUUCCUUAAAUACAUUGGCUAGUUUGAGAGCACAUGUGGAGGAAAAGCACAUGGUUCGAACUGCGGAUGAAAAGAUUGUAUUCCAGUCAAUGGACGGAAUCUGGUGCAAUGUUGUAGUGCAAAGCUUCUUUCAGUUCAUAUGAAAGGAUCAUUUGUAUUAACGGCCUAGUCUUAGAAGGCAAAGUCGCAAUCUUUGUAGUCCACAAUGGACUUUCUAAAAUGGAAGUCCAAAGAGGAGAAGUUAGCGAGAUGUAGCUUUGUGAUGCAUGGUGGUGCGAAGCAUGUGAAGGGUGCCACCAAAAUCACAUAUGUAUGUCACAGAUCUGGGAUAUUCAUAUCUCGGUCAAAGGGCAAGAGGCUACUGAAGUCUCAAGGCAGUAACAAAAUGGGUGGCCACUGCACGUCUGCCAUAGAGGUCAGCCAAGAAAAAACUGGAAAGUGUACUUGUGUUUAUUUUAAAACACAUUUCGGCCAUGAACUGAAUAUUGGUUUUCUGCACCUUAGUAAAUCUGAAAGGGAGAUUAUUGCGGGGAAAAUUGCUGAGGGUGUGACGUUCCAGAGGAUUUUGGAUGACGUGAGAGAUUCCAUACAUUGUGAGGAGGUUAAGAGACUGCACCUCCUUACUCGGAAGGAUCUUCACAAUAUCAAAAGGGAGAAAGCAGGAGUUAUCAAAUCAACUGUGUUUAUGUCAGACGACACAAAUGUUUUUCGAUGUGCUUGGGCAGGUGUAAUGGGUCUGGCAGAACACAAUUUGCUAUGUACGUGGCAUAUUGACCGCAGCUGGAGAAGCAACUUGAGGAAAGUGCAUGGUGGCCCAAACAAGCAAACGCAGGUUUACAAAGCUUUGCGUAUGCUGUUAGAAGAAGCAGAUAUAGAAAAGUUCAGUGAGUUGCUAGAGUUGUUUGAGAGGGAGCUACAAGAGGACGAAGACACAAGAGAAUUUGGAAUGUAUUUCACAAAUCAUUACGGAUUCAGGCCCCAACAUUGGGCGUAUUGUUAUCGCUGUAAUUUAAACAUAAACACAAACAUGCAUCUGGAAGCCAUGCAUAGAGUAUUAAAGUACUGCUACCUUGAUGGCAAGACCAAUAAUAGACUGGACAAGUUGCUGCUGGUACUAAUGAAAUUAGUAAGAGACAAAUCUUUUGAAAGAAUUAUUAAGCUCUACAAGGGUGGACAUACUCAUCGAAUAGAGAAAAUUCAAGAACGGCAUAGAGAAUCCAAAAAAAUUGACAGAGGCCAAAUCACGGCCAAUAGUGAUGGCAAACGAUUUUAUGUGAAAUCUCAAUCAACAAGUGGCAUCACAUACACUGUUACUUUAAAAGCACUAGAAUGCAACCUCAGUUGCAGACUUUUGUGUUGCACUUGUAAUAUUUGCAUUCACAGUUUCUCUUGCUGUUGUCCGGACAAUUUAAUAAAUCUGAACAUUUGUAAACACAUUCAUGCUGUAUCAAUGACAUAUGACUUACAUUUCAGUAAAACAGUCAAAGAUAAAGAAACCACUUCGAUAGAACAGGCAUCUGCUAUUUUGUCCUCAAUGAAAAAGCAAAAUGAUGAGGCAACUGCUUCGCGGGGAACACAGUUGAAAGCUAAAUUAAAAGUCCUGCUAAACCAUGUCGACUCAUUAGAUACUGAAACGGAAGAGACAGUGGAAAAAGCAGUUGACCAUUUGCUGUCACUUGUUAACUCUCGCUCCAAGAAAGAAGGUCCACACUGUGCCAGCAAUGAGAAGGUGCAAGUGCAACGCACAUCUAAUAAACAGAACUUCAGUCCAAAAAGUUUGUUUGGUAAACAAACCCUGGCUGAAAAGUCGAAUGUUGCAAGUGCUUUGCAACCCGACAGUGAAGUGUUGAGUGUGCAUGUUGGCUUUGAUCACACAUACUCUAAAAAUUAA